ACCAAGGUAGCUUGAGGUCUCCAGUUUGCCAUCGCCUCUUCGGCUCAAGUGCCAGCACCCCGGGGUCGCCCAGAACUGUGGCCUCCGGGUCUGCCCAUAUGAAGCUAUUGACCCACAACCUCUUGAAAUGUAAUAAGAAAGGGGUCACGAAUGGUUUCCCGCUGAUCAUUAGAGCGGUCACCAUGAAGUACGAGGAGACGCCCUACGAACAAAGCUUUGUCAGUGCCAUGGUCCCAAAGUUGGAGUAUGACGCACUGCUGAAGGCCCUGGGAGAGAUUCGAGACUGCAGCAAUUUCGAAGGCAUUGAGAAGCUGGGAAAAUUUCCGACCCUGCCGUUGGCCUUGCCUCCAGACCAUGAGAAGAAUGAGGAAUUCUUGAAGCAGUUACAUACGGUUCUCUUCGACUUGAACUUGAUCGAAGGUCAACUGGUCUGUCCUGAGUCUGGCCGUGUUUUUCCGGUGAACGAUGGAAUUCCCAACAUGUUGCUGAACGACGACGAGGUUUGAGCCAGAUCUGAAGAGGAUCGUGGAGAUCCCGUAGGACCUCCCUUGUGCAGAUUUGUCCAUGAAAAUAGUGCUAUAUGAUGAUUGGCAAAC